CCAUACAACAAGUUCAGCCUCUCCUCCGCUUUCCAAUUUUUUUCGUUGUUCCCGCUCUUCACAAAAUCACAAAUCAAGAGAUCGAGAAUCAAAGUUCAUCAAUGGCGUCGAGAGACACCUACAGAUCGGAGCUCCGAUCAGCCAUACGCCACCUCAGCGACCGCUGUCUCUACUCCGCCGCCAAAUGGGCAGCUGAGCUCCUCAUCGGCAUCGAUCCCGACCCCAAUCCCUCCUCCUCCGCCUCCUCCUCCGCCGCCUCAACCGCCUCUCGAACCCAGAGCCUCCGACGCCGCCUCCGCCCGGGCAUCACCUCUUCCGCUGAAGUCACCGCCACGCCCAUCGCCGGCGUGUCCUACGUCAGUACGCCGGUCCCUGACGACGAUUUUGGCGGGGAUGCGGAUUGUUAUUUAUUGGCGAAGACUUAUUUUGACUGUAGGGAGUAUCGAAGGGCUGCGCACGCGCUGAGAGGGCAAAAGGGGAGGAAAGCGGUGUUCUUAAGGUGCUAUGCGCUUUAUCUGGCAGGAGAAAAGCGUAAAGAGGAAGAGCUGAUAGAACUUGAGGGUUACCUGGGUAAGGGUGAGCCCAUUAACAAAGAGUUGGCCUCUCUUGAGAGGGAGUUAUCUGCACUUCGUGGAUCUGGUUCAAUUGAUUCCUUUGGUCUAUACUUAUACGGCUUAAUUCUGAGAGAUAAAGGUUGUGAGAAGCAAGCUGUGAAAGUUCUCGUGGAAUCCGUCAACAGCUAUCCUUGGAAUUGGAGUGCUUGGUCUGAACUUCUAUCGUUUUGCACAACUGCUGACAUCCUUAAAAGCCUGGCUUUAAACAACCACUGGAUGAAAGAUUUCUUCAUCGCCAAUGCAUACCAAGAACUCAGAAUGCAUGAGGAAGCCCUGAAGAAGUUUGAGUAUUUGUCAGGGACUUUCCGGUACAGUGACCACAUCAAUGCUCAAAUUGCCACAGCUCAAUAUGGUCUGAGGGAUCUAGAUGAAGCUGAAAUGAUAUUUGAAGAAAUUCUAAGGAAUGAUCCAUUCCGCGUAGACUCCAUGGACAUCUACUCAAAUAUACUUUAUGCCAAAGAAUGCUUCUCAAGUCUGAGUUUCCUUGCACAUAGAGUGUUUUUGACUGAUAAAUACCGCCCUGAGGCUUGCUGUAUCAUAGCCAAUUACUACAGCCUAAAGGGCCAGCAUGAGAAGUCAGUUAUAUACUUCAGGAGAGCUUUGAAAUUGAACCGAAAAUACCUUACAGCUUGGACUCUGAUGGGUCAUGAGUUUGUAGAGAUGAAGAACACACCAGCCGCAAUUGAUGCAUACCGAAGAGCAGUUGAUAUAAAUCCACGAGACUAUCGAGCCUGGUAUGGGCUUGGCCAGACUUACGAGAUGAUGGGGAUGCCAUUUUAUGCACUCUAUUACUUUAAAAAGUCUUCUUAUUUGCAGCCGGGUGAUGCACGGCUGUGGAUUGCUAUGGCUCAGUGUUAUGAGAGUGCACCACUCCAGAUGCUCGAGGAGGCAAUAAAAUGCUACAUGAGAGCCGCAAAUGGUGAUGAUAGAGAAGGUAUAGCUUUGCAUCAAUUGGCAAAGUUACAUAGUAUUCUUGGGCAUUCAGAGCAGGCAGCAUUUUAUUACAAGAAAGAUUUGGAGAGGAUGGAAGCAGAUGAUAGGCAGGGACCAAAUAUGAUUGAGGCUUUACUUUUUCUUGCAAAGCACUGCAAAGCUGAGAACAGAUUUGAGGAAGCAGAGAUGUAUUGCACCAGGCUCCUGGAUCAUACUGGACCUGAAAUGGAAACAGCAAAGAGUCUUCUUCGAGGUCUGAAAACAGCUCAAUCUGGUUUUCCAUCAGUUGAUCUUGAGCAUUACAUCCCUUGAAGCUUUCAUCUCUAUGUUGCCCAAGAAAAUUUGAAAGAUGUUCCAUUUGCUCAAAAGGGACUGGAAAAUAGAAGUAAAAAAAAAAUCAUGUCCAAACACCAAUUUCACGACGAAAUUCAUACAAGCUAUCUAAAAGUAUGUUCAGUUUCAUUGUUGAAGUGAACUCUACCUCUACAAUUUACAACGUCAACCAUUAUAUCACAUCAUCGGAGCCAUCGAGUUUAUCCGUGCUAGAUGAGUCCAGAAAUCUGGAGACAAGUAGCGCCUGCCCAUAGUCCCAUGGAACUCCUGAAGCUUCGCAAUUAGGGGUACUAGGCGCCUCAGUGGUGCAAGAACAAAGGUGAAAGGUAGCAACCAUAUGCCAAUUUCCAAUAUAAACAUCAUAUAAGCUGUGUGCUGAUUUGGGUUUUUUCCUCUCUGUUUACUUUGCUUUGGGCAUGUUAUAUUAUAGCCUGCUAUGAGAAAACCUCUCCACUAUUGCAUGAUUAUUUAUUGUUUUGUAUUUCUACCGACUGUUAGCUAAUAUGUUUUGACUCGUAACUAGUUUAUCUUCAGUCCUUGUCAUCAGAACAGUGUUCUUGUGUUGUUUAUAAUCAAUCAUUGGUUUGAUACA